AUGCGACGACGAACUGUUUUUGCCAAAGAUAUGAGGCGAACACCUCCAUCUCCAACGCCUCGUUUUUCACGAACGUUCGAUUUACUACUGAGCCGAUAUCCUGAAUCAGCAGAUCUUUUGACCAUCCAUUCGACUAACAAAACUUCACCUGUCAUGACAUCAUACAGACGCAGUGAUCUAUUAGAUGAAAAAUCGAGCGCUAAACAACCACUAUGGCGAGUGUCAGUGUCAGCACCAUUAUGUGCGUUUUGCAACAAAUCUGUGUACCCCGCUGAAGAAGUAAAUGCCGCUGGACAGAAAUUUCAUAAACUUUGCCUGAAAUGCACUUCCUGCAAUACACUACUCAAUACUGGUAAUUUGAAUGAACGUGAAAAGAAAAUUUAUUGUGUUUCGUGCUAUCGUCGACAAUUCGGUCCUCGAGGAGUGGGUCGCGGUCUUGCUACAGCAUUACCAACUGAUUUAGAGACGCCACCAAACAGUCCAUAUACGAAUAGCGAAGAAAACGAUUCAGUCAAUGAGAUAAAUAAUACUGAUCAGAAUGGUUUUAAUCUCGAAACAUCGAUCGGUUCCUCACCGUCUCGAACGUCAUCGGAUGAUGACUCACGUCAAGCGAAUAGUUUACCAUUUGUCACUGGGAUAACACCACGACAGAAACCAGUAACCAUUAACCGACCAACCUCAGCAAGUGUUACCAGCGGUGCAGCAUUCAAAAUGAUGAAUAUUUCACAGAACAUCUGUCCACGUUGUUCCAAAACUGUCUAUUCAGCUGAAGAAGUCAAAGCUGCUGGCAAAUCAUUUCAUAAACGAUGUUAUACUUGUGCACACUGUAAAGGAAGUAUCAGUGGUGGUCGAUACUGUGAACAUGAUGGAGAACUAUAUGACAACAAUUGUUAUCAACGUUUGUUUGGACCGAAAGGUGUUGGUUUUGGAGUUGGUGCUGGAGCAUUGUCAACAGGAAAAUGA